CUACUUCAUUCUACAAUUUUCUUUUAAUUCUGUAAAGUUUAGAUACCAGAAACUUGCAGAAAUUUUCACCACCCUGGAUACAUGAUUAUGUUUCUGUCUUACAGGAACUGACACUGACAGCUGCACAUUUCCCAUUUAAAUCUCUUUUAAAACGUUCCCCUGAUGUCAACAUGCUAAGCUGGAUUCUCAAUCUUCUCAGAAAUGAUGAUCGGAUUAGGUAGCAGGACUUUUCCAAAUGUCUUUCCCUCCAUUCACAUAGCAUGCAGAAGGAGCUAUUACAUGUGUGUGUUGCUAGUUUUCCUUCAUAUUUACUCAAAUCUCCAAGACGAAAGUGUUAACUAUAAAAACAGCAACAGAAUUAAAGGGCUUAUUUUUUCAAACACUUUUAUUGCUCCAAAUUUUGCUGCUUGAAAGAACGAAAUUAAACCAUAAUACAUUGUUUGUCAGGUGAAUUAAAUAGAAUUUUGCAACCCAAGAAGAUAAAUAGAUGUAAUGGAAUGCAUGUGAAAAGAUAAAAAGAAUUGCAUUGAAAGAAGACAACAUCAAUUAUAAGAGAGCAUGGAAAUGCAAUUAUCUUGUUAUUUUAGAACCUUAUAGUAAAAUUAAUUAAGAGUGAGCGAUAACUAUUAUUCUUCCAUCUACAUCAAUGGUGCUUAUAUCUGGGACUCCAAAUACAGGCAAUGAGGCAAGGAGAUCUAAGGGGAAAUCAGAUGUUCAGUUUGCUGAAGAUGGCAAAAAUGGUAAUGGCCUGUUACAGGAUGCCAAUGGACUGGAAGAAGAACAUGAACAGAAUGAACAGUCAUGGCGGGGAACUGCUGAUCCUCUGCCACAGCUCCUUGCAGUUGUACCCGCCUUAGAAAAGUGUGCUAACAGAUGCACAAAUGAUCUGGGUGUGGAUGAAGAGUGUGAAGAAUAUGAUGACUUCUCUGAACUUUCUGACACAAGAAGCAUUGCAUCUGAUGAUUCAUUUUAUCCACCAGAUAUUGUGACCAAAGGUUGGAAUUAUGGAGAUGAAAAUGAGGAUGAGGAUCGGUAUGGAUGUACAUUUGAUAGUAACAGUUUCCAGAGUUUGGAUAGCAUCCCUAGUCCUGAACCUCUUACUGUUUUUAAAGCCUGCACUACUAACAAUGCAAUAGUUUUGAAAGCUCUCAUGCGUCAAGGCUUAACGGAAGAAGACAUUUGUGAAACAGACAGAAACAACAGGACAGGCCUACUUGUCGCAUGCUAUCAAGGCUAUGUGGAUAUAGUGAUUGCGUUAUCUCAGUGUCCUUACAUUGAUGUCAACUGGCAAGAUAAUGAUGGGAAUACAUCACUCAUAACAGCCGCACAAGCAGGGCACAUAACAAUCACCAACUUUUUGUUAAAUUAUUAUCCCGGUUUGGACAUUGAAAAAAGAAAUAUCCAUGGAUUUACAGCAUUAAUGAAAGCUUCAAUUCAAGGCAGAACAGACUGUGUCCGUGCAUUAAUGUUAGCAGGUGCUGAUAUUCAUGCAGUUGAUCCAAAUCGGGGAUUGACACCUAGAGAAUGGGCAAGGUUUACAGGGAGAUAUGACACAGCCUAUCUCAUGCAAAAACUACAGGAGAGACCACUGGCAGAACAAUUCAGUGACCAGUUUAAAAUGGAAUGGCCUAAGAUGAAAGAGCUUCUUGCCAAAGCAGCAGAGCCCAAAUCAUGUGCACAGAGAAUCUCAGAAUGUAUGAAAUCAGCAUUUACCUUCAAUUAUUUUAGUGAACCUGAAGAAGAUGGGGUCCUUGAUUUUAUGGUUACAAUUACCACCGGUAUGAGCAGCCCAUUUGUUGCUGUUAGUUGCAGAACAGUAUGUCCAGGCAGCCCCCCCUGUAUUGGGAAACGUAGAUAUACUGUACAGGAGAUUCUUGGAAAACAAAGAGCUGAAGAAAUACAAACUUCAGAUAAAGUCCACCCAAAAACCCUAGAAAAACUUUUCAAAAACACUCAGGUUAUUGUAGUUCCCAAAAAAAAGGAAAGAAGAGCUAGUCUUCAGGUAAAUGUAGCUCCAAGGGCUGAUGUGAUUAACAGAAGAACAAGCCUUCUACCUCUGAAUCUAUUAAGAAGAAGCAGUGUGAGACCAGGUUACAUCAUUCCAAAAGUUCGGAUCAACAAAGCACCUGCACCUACUUACCAACCUGAAAAAUUAAGAAGACGCAGUAGUGUUAAUGAUAACGCUUACUUACAGAUUCCAAAAUGGCGAUAUAAAGAGAUAAAGGAAGCGAGAAAGAAAGCAGAGGAAGAGGCACUUCGAAAACUUGAAGUGGCACAAAAGCAAAAAAAAAAUGCUAGAAAAAGAACUUGAUGUUGAACAUUCUUGGGUGCAGAUCAAAACAUUGUAAACCUAUGAUUGAAAAUUAAUACAAAUGUAUUUGGCUAAUAAAAUACGCUCUUUUUAUGUCUCAUAAAAAGUAAAAGUCCAACUGCACAUAAAAGGCAGAAUAAAUGGAAUACUUAUGCA